AUGAAUAAAAAAGAUAUUCAUUCAGAGGAGGAAAGCUGUACUGAUAUUGAAAUAGAAAAAUACUGGAAAAGAAAAAUUGCUGCAUAUAAACACUCUUAUAAUAAAUGGCAUUCAGCUAUUGAAAGGAAAAAUCAAUAUAAAGAUAACAGAUAUAAAUUUACAGAAGAUGGAGUAGUUAUUGAACA